UGUCAAGAUUCAGAUCGAAUUUUCGACAUCAGACACGUAUUUUGUUAAUCAGAUGCUGAAGGUAAGAUCAGGACACAAAAAACAUAUGGGACUUAAUAAUUAGCAGUUUCAUUUUGAUAUACUGUGCGGAAACACUUAUUUUCCAGGAAUCUAGCUUCAUGUAAGCAUGCAAAGUUGAUUUUUUACAUCCAAUUUGACCAAUUGCAGAAAAAAUCAAUCCUCUCCACUUGAAGGUAGGUGAUGCACACAGAUUUCUUCUUACCUUGCAAGCACCGUUGGAUGAAGACAGUACUGUAGGCAUGAUCAUGAUCAUGGAGAAGCGCAUGCCGUCUUGCUGUCCCUCCCCGGCUUGCCUCGAUCUUGCAUGAGAGGUUUAUUUGCGUAGGACUGUCGGGGGAUAAUUGGAUCGAGUAGGAGUUGUUACGUGGAAGAGGAGCUAGCUGGGCGAUCCUUUGGCUAGGUGACGAGGAAGAAAUUGAGACGGCUGGCCGUUGUAUGGGAGCACGGCCAGAGAUGGAGUUCGAUAAGGUCUGCACCUAACCGAGAAGGUUUAGCUACCCAUAACAAUAUCCUUAUCGGAUAUAACUUGGGGAAGGCCAAGGCGUACGCCCUACUAUAUAAGCUCGGCCACCCACGCCCCAAACAAAUCACAACCAACCUUCCUCAAGUCGUUUGUUCCCCCGAGCAAUCGAGUUGUGUUCCCGGCGGGCGAUCGAUCGAUCUUGCUGAGCAUCAUGGUUUCCGCCGACGUGGCCCGCAACAUCGUGGGCAUCAUUGGCAAUGUCAUCUCCUUCGGCCUCUUCCUCUCCCCUGUGCCGACGUUCUGGCGUAUCUACAAGGCCAAGGACGUGGAGGAGUUCAAGCCGGACCCCUACCUGGCGACGCUCAUGAACUGCCUGCUCUGGUUCUUCUACGGGCUCCCUAUCGUCCACCCCAACAGCACCCUCGUCCUCACCAUCAACGGCAUCGGCCUCGUCAUCGAGGGCGCCUACAUCAUCAUGUUCAUCAUCUACGCGGCCAAGAACACAAGGUGGAAGAUGCUCGGCGUGCUCGCCAUCGAGGCGGCGUUCAUGGCUGCCGUGGUUGCCGGUGUGCUCGUCGGCGCCCACACCCAUGAGAAGCGCUCCAUGAUCGUAGGCAUCCUCUGCGUCAUCUUCGGCUCCAUCAUGUACGCCUCCCCGCUCACCAUCAUG